AUGGCUCAAAUCGGCAAUACAAGUCAAAUAUUAGUAGAUACUACAGAUGUUUUUACAACUGAUCAAAAAUUUGCUACACCGGAUGCUGUUCUCACAUGGGCUCGAGAUGUUGGAGAUGCCAACAAAGUCAGUAUUAUCAUUACUCGGUCAGAUAAAAAGAACGGAAUAAGAGGUAGAAAUGACAAGUUGAUUUUAGGUUGUGAUAAAGGUGGAAAGUAUGACUCUUCAGAAAGUUCCACGACAACUACAUCGAAAAAAUGUAACUGUCCAUUUAAAAUUAGAGCUGCACCUUCAACAGAUGGUUCAGGAUGGAAAGUUCAGGUUAUUCAUGGAGUUCACAACCACGGGCUACCUGACCAAUAUCAUGGUCAUCCUCGCAAGGCACGUUUAACCGCCGAUGAAAACAAACGUGUUCAAGAUUUGACAAAGCGUAAAGUAGCACCAAGACACAUUAUUUUAGAUUUGAAAGAUCAAAAUCCAGAGUCUGUUGAUGCCUCACUUGUAUAUAGGAAAAGACACAUGAUGCAAAUACAGGAAAGAGGCUCCAGAACAGAGCUGCAACACUUGCUGCAGUUGUUAGAUGAUGGAAAAUAUGUCAGCUGA